AGACACAUACAGAACUAUAUCUCAAUACACUGUACACACAGUGACAGCAUAUUGGGACACGUCAGACAAUUAUACAAGAAAGAAGUCAGUGGUCUAAUCUUAUACACAGUAUGGAUCCGCAAGUACAAGCGCAAGCGCAACAGCAGGGGCAAUACCCGGUGCAACAGCAGAGUGGCAACACAAAUCUAUGGUGCGGUGAAUUAAAACCGUAUAUGACAGACAUAUUCAUAUCCCAGGCCUUCAAUCAGGCUGGAUUCUACCCACAUACAGUCAAGAUGAUCAAUAACAGAAACACCGGCAUGCCUGCGGGGUAUUGGUAUGUGUA